AUGUGUAAUGAUAUUGCCACAGCUAUUAAUUGUGAUGCUUCGCGUAUAACAAUGCCGACACUUUAUCAAUACAGUAAUGAAUAUAAUAAUGGGGAUCAAAUUUUUAUGCGUGUUAAUAUCGCCCAAGGAGAUGGUCAAAGUGCAUCUAGCCUAGCUAGUAAAUUAAGUGAAACGAUCGUUUACAAGAAUAUUUCAGAAAUUUCCAAUAGCACCAUCCUUAAUUACAUUGACCAAUCUAAUGGUGCUUGGCUAAUGUCUAACUUAUGGGAUAAUUACAAAUUUUUUCUUAUUGGCAUCUUUGUUGGACUUGCAUUGUUGGGUAUUUUAUGGUACUUUGCAUGCCGUAGGAACUACUCAGGAUUUGGAAGGGCAAUUAAACGGAAACAUGCGAUAACCAACUUCUUUACAAUUUUUUUAUCUACGCUAAUAGUGGUGGACCUCAUAUUGGAUAUCUUAUUUAUUGUUUUUCAUGGAAAGGAUGAAAAAUGGAUUAUGCUUGUAAGCAUUACAUUCUUAGUGGCUCCAAUUGGUUUCUGCACUCUGUUUUCGUUUAUAAUUAUUGGUCGCGAGCUUGAAGAAGAUAGAUAUAGAAAAUGGUGGCAAACUCAUAGUCGCACUGCUCUAGUUACAACGCUUUUAUCUUGGUUUGAUGUCGAAGCUUUGAAUGUGGCUUCUUCACGUACUACUAGCAUUGGUUCACUAAAUGCUCCUUACUCACCAGAUGCAUACAGACGGAUUUUCUAUGCUACCACUUUUAUUUUAAUUAUUGAGGACGUGCCUCAGCUUAUAUUUUUGACUAUUUAUCAAAAUGCUACUAUCAUCCCGACCAUUGGUCCUAUUCUUGCACUUUCUUCAUGUAGGGCCCUCAUCUUAAUUAGAAUCAUAUCAAUAAUAUAUCUUGGAUUCUUACAUGUACGAGAAUGGCGAUAUAUGGAUGAAAUAUUGAACGACGAACCUGAUAAGGAAGAAAAACUAAUAGGAAAAUACACCGAAAAUCAAGUAAUGGACUUACCAUCAGACGAGGGCCAUUUCCAAACCAGAAGAACACAAUAUGUAGAUGAAGAAAGCAUUACCCAAAUCAGAGAAGUACAAAUUUAUGCUCCUGGAACAAUUACUACUACUUGUGAAGAAAAUAUUUACAUCCAAGGUGAUGCACCUGAUCGACCACAAAUUCAAACAAGACAAGAUAAUACUGAAGCUUUCGACAUUGAAGAAUGUUCUAAUCCUGCUGGAAUAAAAAAACAAGGCAGAGAAAAAAAUUUGGAAAUUAAAAAAUAUGAAUGCAAUAAGAAUGAGCAAUUAACUAAAUGGAAAAUUGAUAAAGAUCUAGUAUAUGUAAACAGCGAAAGAUCAAUCCGUUUUGCUGGUUUUGCGGACAUUUGUGAUGAUUAUCUAGGAUUUCAUUUACUACCUAACGAUGAUUUAAUUGUGAUUGCAAUAAAUUGCAUCGUUAUUUUUACUUUUGAUGAAGAUAUUAAAGAUGAAAUACAAAUUAUCUAUUAUAUUAAUAUCGAUACAUUUAUGAAUACUCAACAAAAUUUUAUUGAUAAAAAACCCGAGUCAGAUAUCGCGCAGCAUUUAAGAAAGAUGAUAAUAAUGUAUCUUGAUGAUAUUCAUACAUUUUCCUGCUGUUCCCCAUUUAUUAUGGAAUCAAUUGUGAAAUAUGAUAAAAAAAGAAAAUAUAGAAAGCAUGACAAUGAAAUAAUCAGUCUAAUUAUUGAUAAAUGUAUAAAUUAUUAUAAUGAAGAUAAUAGGCGAUUCGAUGUAUUACGUGCUAUCACAAGUUCAAUUUCAAAGCUUCAAAAACUAUAUCCUUAUCUUGUUACAAAAUUUUUUAUUGGUACUUCUAUAUUUAGUUCUGCAGAUAAAAAAAUUGAUUAUGUGCCUAAUUCACAUCUUGAUGGCUCUAGAGUUGAAUUUCCUGUUGAAUUAAAUAUUGAAUUGAUUAUUUUAUCAGCAGCGGGCUAUUUAGCCUAUUAA